AUGGUUUUCUGUGAUUUCAAAAUCGGUUAUAUACCCGGCAAGUAUUGCUGGGGCUUAGCUAAGGACACAAGUGAUGGCAAACAAGUGAUUAAAACAAAGGCUUUGAUACCAUUCUCUACGGGUAAACGCAAUUGUGUUGGCGAGACGUUAGGACGAGUGGAGGUAUUCCUGUAUUUCGUAUCACUUCUGCAAAGAUAUACAAUAAGUGCAGCAAUUGAUGGGACAGUUGUGUCAUUAGAGGAGAGAUUCGGGUUAACACUACAGCCCAAGGAUGUGGUUGUCCUUAGUCAUAUAUGGGGUAAUAUCAAGGAGAGAAUGAUUUUACCGGCUGGACCGGUAGGCCUACCAGUGGUCGGGUAUUCACCAUUCCUGGGCAAACACCCCCACAAAGUUAUAACCAAAUUGGGUGUCAAAUAUGGAUCUGUUUUCACAUUACAAUUGGGAGUGAAUAAUGUGGUGGUCCUUAACGAUUGGGAAGCAGUGAGGGAUGCCCUCAAUAAGGAUGCCUUCUUAGGCCGACCCUUUCACAGUCCGUUCACUGCACUCAACAAAACUAUAGGUUUGGUUGACGCGAGCGGAGAC